CUCCCGGCAUGCCGCGCGGGUGCUGAUGGCGGCCGCUUCGCGACCGAGUGGCGUUGACCCGCUGGCCGGGUUCCCUUUCCCGACCGGGGCCGGGAGCGGCAGCGAUGACAUCGGGAGAAGCGGGGUCCAAGGCGGCGCAGAUCGGCCCAAAAAACCGUGCCGGGCUUGCGUGGACUUCAAGACGUGGAUUCGGGAGCAGAAGAAGCUGGCGGUGUCUGCGGGGAAGGAAGUGGAUGUUGCAGAGGAUCUGGAUAAAGAGCGUCCUGUUGAAUGUCCUUUAGAUCGUGAAGAGCUAGGGAGGAACACUUGGUCUUUUCUUCAUACAAUGGCUGCUUAUUAUCCAGACAAGCCCACCACCAAUCAACAGGAGGACAUGAAACAGUUUAUUUCUUUGUUUUCAAAGUUCUUUCCCUGUGAGGACUGUGCAAAAGAUUUGAGAGACAGAUUGAAGGUACUUCCACCCGACACUAGCAACAGGUAUAAACUUUCUCAGUGGAUGUGCCUUCUCCACAAUGAUAUCAGCAAACGGAUAGGAAAACCAGAGUUUGAUUGCUCCAAGGUGGAUGAGCGAUGGAAAGAUGGUUGGAAGGAUGGUUCAUGUGAUUGAAUUAUUUUUAUUUAAAAUCUCAAGUUUGGCUUGGAAUUGUGUGUGUUUUUUUUCUUACUCUUGACAAAAUGUUACUUGGUUUUGGUAAUAUGGAAAUCACGAUGUAUGGUACCUUAAUAUUUUCUCCUCCCACUUGUACCUUCUUGACUCUCAAUUCUCAAUUUGAGGUUGGUGGUGUCUCAAGGUGUUCAUCCAGUUCUAAUUGUUUGGUUCUAAAUUCAUACUCCCUCUGUCCUCUAGAGAGUGCAGUUGAGUCAGGAUGAUCAUUUGUAUGAAGACUUAACACUUGUUCCUGGCUGGAUCUAGCUGUAACAGACAAUUGAAGAAAGCUUAUUUUCUACAAUCUGUAAGAAUAAGUUGUUUUGGAAAGUGGAAUGUUCAGGUUUUCCAUCUCUCUUUUCAUUGGAUUUGCACAAAAUUUAACAUUUUGGUGGAUUUCAGUUAUUUUUUCAUUUGGUUGCCGCACAGAAACAAGUGGUAACUUGAAACAUUUAGCGCUAUUUCAAUAGCAAAUGAAGACCACUGAGCCACACUGGCAUUUGGAGAAUCACAUUUUCAUUUGCUUGUGAACUAAUAAACCAGUUUUUAUAAUGGUUAACGUUUGUUGCGAUUUUAGAAGAAUUAUAUAAGGUUUGGGAUGAAUCAGUGAAUCCAUGAAACUGCUGGGGCAAGAAAAUUGAUUCUGAUCCUAUCGUACUAGUUGUCCGCUGGACUUGUACUAAUGUAGCUGAGUUUUUAAUGAUGUCUGCCAUUUUGACCAAUACAUUAAUACAAUAGCAGUCACUCCUUGUGAUAAAUGAUGGAUGUUCUAGCAUUUGGAUAAUGUUUUCAAAUUUGAAGCUUGUUGGAAUUAUUGUUGGCGUGGCAAGUAAAAAAAGUCACUGUUUCAAAGCAGUUUUGUCAGAUUUAAAGUAUACACGUUACAAAUUAUUUACCAUCUUUGUCGCAGCUCACACUGCCCCCCCCCCCCCGGUCAGUGAUUUAGAAUACUCAUGGACUGAGAGGUCAAGUUUUAGAUCAAUUGUAAGGCUUUAUCAAUAAUUGUGACAAUAGAUGCAUACAUGUCUAAAAUGCAUCUUGUGGAACUGUGGCAGGCUUUUGUCUAUCAUUAUUUAAUCAACUUUCAGAUAAUUAAGUAUUUAAGCCUUCACGGGAACGAAAGAUUAACAACACUACUGAAAUUAAGAAAAAAAGACUGAAAUUAUAAAAGUUUUAUUUGCACUGAAUUUGUAUAAAUAAAACUGUUGUGUAGAUUACAUAUCAAUUCAUAUUCUAUGUUAGGGUGUUAAUAACCAUGGUGUCCAUGUCAGCAGGUAUACCUUAUUUAAAUAGGCACUUAUUGCAUUUUUCCACCAAGCUAUUGUCUGGUGCCUCUUACAGCUCCAAGCCAUCAGUUACUGGAAGCAAUAAGGAGGGAUUGUCAUUCUGUCGACACAGUCUUGCCUGUCAGUGGCAACCAGAGAAAGAUAUGGAAGUGGGAAAGGUUAAAAAAACAUGAAAUAUCAGGCUUGCUGAUACUUGAAAACACAUUAAAUAAUAUAUUUUCAGUUUUGGCUGUUAAGACAUUUAUUUAUGUAUUCUUUGGAUGGUUAAAAUUUUACCAUGAUAUGUUUACAGUAAACUCUUGUCCUGAAUCCAAGUGCAGGACUAUACCAAAUCUUUGGCUGUGUUAGAUCCUGAUAUUUUUGAACCAGGGUUCUUAGGAAGUCAGGAAUGAGGCAUAAAACUUGUUGCUUAUGAUCAUUUAUUCAGUGUUACAGGAAUGAAAUGAGUAGAAGGAAAAUGAAAGUGGGAGAGGGAAUGAGACCCUGGUGGCGGGGGAAAUAACAAAGGGGAAAAAGAACGUCUGGUAAAGAAAAAGAGUGGUUUGAUCCUCUUAUACCUGAUUACUUGAUAACACACAUUCCAUUCAAAUACCAUUGCUCAAAUUAACCAAUAAGCUAGUGCCCAUUCAUGUAAUACUAAAUCCUCCACGGAAACUAAGUUGUUACAAAAGCAACUGCAACCACUAGAGAAAACACUGCACCGUUACACGUACAUGGGUAAUUAUUAUAAAAAUACAAACAAGUAUAAGAAGGUUAAGCUACAAGGAAAAUGACAAUUAUACAGCUGUAACUGCUGUCAUACAAUUCUUGCCACUCCAGACUGGUGAAAUGUAAAUAAGCCAUUUGGUAGUUCAGAUUUUCAUUGUGGACUUGCAGUCUCAAUCCAAGUUCAUAGGUUGGAUGGAUCCCAUUCAAUAUGAUACACUCAAGCCUGUAAUCACGCUAGGUAUGAAAUUCUGAAAUCACGUUCACAUGAGUUUCUGCAGAUGCUAGAAAUCCACAGCAACACACACAAAGUGCUGGAGGAACUCAAAGCAGGUCAGGCAGCAUCUACAGAAAGGAAUAAACAUUUGAUGUUUCAGCAGUGCAGAAUCAAGACCUUCAAUCGAGACCCUUUCCAGUCCUGAUGACGGGACCACUGUUUAUUCUCCUGAGUAGAUGCUGCUUGACUGUCCAAGUUCCUCCAGCAUUCUGUGUGCUGCUCCAAAAGCAUUUUGUUCUAAUUGUGUUCUGAAAAUUAGGAUUAAAACUUUUUGGCUGAGGGAAUCUUAUUCCCCAUCAUGUUGUUUUGUAUUAGAUCUGAUAAACGAUUUUCACUCAAUAAUAAAGUUGAUGUAAAAAUGGAAAUGAGUUCUUUGAAUAU